GAAACCUAACUAAGUGUCUGGUAAGAGAUAAUGACUGGUACAUGUGGUUUGCUCAGAACCAUUGAAACACCUUUGUCUUGCCACAUUCCUCAAUUCCGGUCCUUCCCAUUUCCAAGAAAUGACAAAAAUCAUAGAAAUUUUCAAUGUAUCACCAUCUUCACCACAAGAACUUCCUUCAGAAGCUUCACUUCCUCUUACAUUCUUUGACAUACUAUGGUUAAGAUUACCACCUGUUCAAAGAAUUUUCUUUUAUGAAUUUCCACACCAACCUUCACUUUUCUUCAACACUUUUCUUCCUAAACUCAAACAAUCUCUUUCUCUUGCACUUUUCCACUUUUAUCCUCUUUUGGGUCAUCUCAUUUGGCCUAUUGAUUCUCACAAACCAAUCAUCAAGUACACCAAAGGCAACACUCUUUCACUCACACUUGCUGAAUCUGAUGCUGAUUUCAAUCUUCUAUCUGGUAAUAAUUUCUGUGAAGCUACACAAGUUCAUCAUCUUUUAUCUAGUUUGAGUAUUUCACAUGACCAAGCUUCUGUUCUUGCUCUUCAAGUUACUCUUUUUCCAAACACUGGUUUUUCAAUUGGUGUCACUUCACAUCAUGCUGUUUUAGAUGGUAAAAGUUCAACUUCUUUUAUCAAAUCUUGGGCUUAUCUAUGUAGAAGCCUUGAAAUUGGUGAUUCUGAACCAAAAUCAAAAUCAGAAUCAGAAUCACCCCUUUUGUUGCCACAUGAAUUUUAUCCUUUUUAUGAUAGAAAAGUAAUCAAGGAUCCUAAUGGAUUUGAGGCAAAAUAUUUGAGUGAUUGGUUAAAGCAUGGUGGAACAAACAACAGAAGCUUAAAGGUUUGGGAUCUUGAAGUUCCAGAAGACUCAGUUAGAGGGUUAUUUCAAUUAUCUCGUUUGGAUAUUGAAAAACUUAAACAAUUUAUAGUGUCAAGACAAAAGGGUCUUAGGAAUGAGAAUAAAAAUCUUCAUUUGUCAACUUUUGUGGUAUCUCUUGCAUAUGCAUGUAUAUGCAGAGUGAAAGCAGACGAAAGCGAGAACAAAACUGUUAAAAUUGCUUUCAGUGUCGAUUGCAGGAACCGUUUAACUUGGCCUAUUCCUGCAACAUAUUUUGGAAAUUGCAUUGGAGCAAGACUUGCAGCUGUUGGAACAAGUGAGUUAUUGGGAGAAAAUGGACUAACUGUGGCUGUUAAAGUUUUAAGUGAAGCUUUGGAAACUCUAAAAGAUGGAGUGUUAAAAGGAGCUGAAAAUUGGUCUUCUUGGUUACUUGAUGGUGUUGUCAAUGCUGAUGUUAAAACAUAUGGUACUGCUGGUUCACCUAAAUUUGAGGUUUAUAGCACUGAUUUCGGUUGCGGAAAACCAAAGAAAGUUGAAGUGGUUUCUAUUGAUAGAACUGGUGCGAUUUCUAUUUCUGAUUGUAGAAAUGGUGAUGGUGUUGAGAUAGGUUUUGUGUCUAAGAAAAAGGCAAUGGAAACUUUUGCUUCUCUCUUUGUCAAAGGGAUUGCAUCUUGAGUUCCUUUAUGUAUAAUCUGCACUAGGAGCUCAGAUGAGUGGAAGAUGAAGUCUUCCAUUUUAUUUUAUUGUCAGCGUCUGCUCUGAUGUGUAACAUCGGGGAAUUUGGAAUCUUUUGUCU